AUGGUUGGCCGUCUGGAAGGGAAAAUCGCCAUAGUGACCGGUGGGGGUUCGGGCUUUGGUGCUGGGAUCGCGACCAAGUUCAUCCAAGAAGGCGCAAAGGUGCUUAUCUGUGACUUGUCCGAGCAGAACGGCACCAAAGUCGCCCAGUCUCUCGGCUGCGAAUUCUUGGUCGCCGAUGUCACGAAACGGUCGGAUUGGGAGGCGCUCCGCAAGAAAGCCAUCGAUGCCUAUGGUGGUCUGGACAUCAUCGUCAAUAACGCCGGCACCACUUAUAAGAACAAACCCACCGAGACCGUCACGGACGACGAGUUCGAUUUGUGCUUCAACGUCAACGUCAAAAGCAUUUACCUGUCGAGCAGUGUGCUGCUCCCUUACUUUUUGGAGCAAAAUCGACCGGGUUGCUUUAUCCAGAUUGCCUCGACGGCGGGAAUCAGGCCGCGGCCUGGCUUGACCUGGUACAAUGCCUCGAAAGCAGCUGUGUCGAAUGCAACCAAAACCAUGGCGGUCGAAUAUGGACCCAAGAAUAUUCGCUUUAAUUCAGUUUGUCCUGUGGUGGGCAGUACCGGAUUGACACAUCUUUUCAUUGGAAAGCCAGACACCGAAGAGAACCGCAAGGGCUUUGUAUCGACCAUCCCACUCGGACGAGGCAGUACGCCGAAAGACGUGGCAAACGCGUGCUGCUAUCUUGCUAGCGACGAGGCUGAGUUCAUCACCGGCGUUAAUUUGGAAGUGGACGGCGGGCGAUGCGUGUAG